CCGGCUUGUAUGUUGUGGGUUUUUCACAAAAGUUACAUGCUAUCUAACAUAGACCCUGGGCUGCAGACCACAGGUAGACGGAGAAUCCAACUGAAAUGCGGCGACAUUCGCGCGGCAAGCAGCUAGCUGCGAGCCCCUACAACUGGCCUCACGAUGCUUCACUCAGUCCAAAAACAACAGCUCUGGUCAUCAUUGACAUGCAGCGAGACUUCUGCGAAGAGGGAGGAUAUUUUGAUUGCCAGGGUUAUAAUAUUCGCGCGACCCAAGACAUUAUACCUUUUGUGUGGAUAGUUCUGGAUCACGUCCGAACAUACGCAGAAUACCCAGUAUUCUUCACACGAGAAGGCCACAGUCCUGAUCUUUCCACGCUAUCAAGUAGGGAAAAGUUUCGAUCACGGAACAACCCGCGCCAUCUGGGUAUUGGUGAUACUGGACCACUAGGCAGGUUUCUUAUUCGAGGCGAACCUGGACAUGAUAUUGUUCCCGACCUGAAGCCCAUUCCCGGCGAAGUCGUGAUUGACAAACCAGGAAGAGGAGCUUUUGCUCACACGGAUUUCGAGCAUCACCUCCGUCUUCGCGGUAUCAAAAACCUCAUUCUGGUAGGGGUCACAACGGAUGUUUGCGUUUCCACCACCAUGCGGGAAGCAAACGAUCGUGGGUUCGAUUGCCUCGUACUGGAAGACGCUACGGCAGCAGCAACUCCAGAAUUGCAUCGUUACGCAUUGGAAUCCAUCAAGAUGGAAGGUGGCAUCUUCGGUGCUGUAGCGAAAUGCACCUCGUUAUUCCAUCCCUUUUGA